CUUCUUUAAAAGAGGGAUUUUCUAGUAAUUUGACGAGGGCCCCCCAGUCUUCUUCCGGAAGAACCCUCUUCCCUUUUUUCUUGACAAACACCCGGCGGGAAGGGCUCCUCGUUCGAUUUCAACCCGAAGAAGAAGCAUUUCCUCGAACACCUUCGCUCUAUUGACAUGGAUUUGGACCCAGAAGGCCUAUUUCGGGAUGAUUCCGACUCCGAGAGCGAGUUCUAUCAGGAAAAAGAUUUCACGAAAGAGUUUGUAGUCUACCUCGUUGAUGCGUCCCCGAAGAUGUUCGGUGCAGCAGGAAGUGAUGAGGAUGAGAAAACAGAUACACAUUUUCAUGUUGCAAUAAAUUGUAUUUCCCAGUCAUUGAAGGCCCAAAUUAUUGGUAGCUCCUAUGAUGAAGUUGCAGUUUGUUUCUUUAACACUAAGGAAAAGAAAAACUUGCAGGAUUUAAAUGGUGUCUAUGUCUUCAAUGUUACGGACAGAGAAUGUCUUGAUAGGCCAACAGCAAGGUUAAUUAAAGAGUUCUUUUAUGUAGAAGAUACAUUUAUGAGCAACAUUGGGAGUCGAUAUGGUAUUGUUUCCGGAUCUCAAGAGAAUUCGUUAUACAAUGCUCUUUGGGUUGCACAGGCGCUGUUGCGCAAGGGCUCUUCAAAAUCUGUGAGCAAGCGAAUUCUACUGUUCACUAAUGAAGAUGAUCCUUUUGGGAGCAUAACAGGGGCAACAAAAACAGACAUGAUUAGGAUGACACUGCAACGUGCAAAAGAUGCACAAGACCUUGGCAUCUCAAUUGAACUUCUUCCUUUGAGUAGGCCGGAUGAGGGGUUCAAUGUAUCCAUUUUUUAUGCUGAAUUGCUUGGAUUGGAAGGUGAUGAGAUAUCCCACUUUUUGCCAUCUGCAGGUGAAAAAUUGGAAGAUAUGACAGAUCAGCUGAGAAAACGAAUGUUUAAAAAGCGCAAAGUCAAAACCAUCAGAUUCUCUAUUGCAAAUGGCAUCUGUAUUGAAGUGAAUACAUAUGCUUUGAUCCGCUCAACUUCACCAGGGUCAAUAAUGUGGCUUGAUUCCAUUACUAAUCUUCCAUUAAAGACAGAAAGGUCCUUUGUAUGUGCAGACACUGGAGCUCUAGUUGAAGAGCCACGUAUAUAUUUUCACCCUUACAAGAAUGAAAUCAUAAAAUUUUCUACGGAUGAACUAUCUAAGAUAAAGAAAGUUUCGAAUGGUCAGCUUCACCUUUUAGGAUUCAAGCCAUUGGAUUGUUUAAAAGAUUAUCACAAUUUGAGGCCAUCAACAUUUAUUUUUCCAACUGAUGAGGAAGUUGUUGGAAGUACUCGCAUUUUCAUUGCUUUACAUAGGUCAAUGUUACGCCUUCAACGGUUUGCACUUGCAUUUUAUGGAAGCUUAUAUCGUCCCCAGCUGGUUGCCCUUGUUGCACAAGAUGAAAUAACCGGUUCAAGUGGUCAAGUGGAGCCUCCUGGAAUGCAUAUGAUAUAUCUUCCAUACUCAGAUGAUAUUAGACAUGUCGAAGAGCUCCAUAUGUCUGCUGAUGCUAUUGCACCACGUGCCACAGAUGAUCAAAUCAAGAAAGCCUCUGCUUUAUUGAGACGAAUAGAUUUAAAAGACUUUUCAGUCUGCCAAUUUACAAAUCCUGCUUUACAAAGACAUUAUGGGAUACUACAAGCCUUAGCUUUGGGUGAAGAUGAGAUGCCAGACAUCAAAGAUGAAACCUUACCUGAUGAAGAAGGCCUGUCUAGGCCAGGAAUUGUCCGUGCACUUCAAGAAUUCAAAAUAUCUGUUUAUGGUGAAAACUAUGAUCAGGAGGAAGCCAAUGCUGCAGCUGCAAAAGGGUGUGGAAGUGAAGCUUCUCGAAAGCGUAAAGCAAUGGCUGAAACUGCUGCAAGGGAGAGUGCAAGUUAUGAUUGGGCUGAUCUAGCAGAAAAUGGAAAGCUGAAGGAUCUAACUGUGGUGGAGUUAAAGUACUACCUAACUGCUCACAACCUCCCGGUUACUGGGAAGAAAGAGGCUUUAAUCAGCAGGAUCUUAACUCACUUGGGCAAGUAAUUUUUUGUUGAAGCUUGACUCCUGAAAUGUCAUGCAGGUUACAGAGCACCAUGGAAGAGGCCUUUGCAGUUGACCUAAUUGCUUGAAGCUGGAUUUCUUUGGCAACCAAGUAGCUUACUGGUUUUGUUAUAAUAUUGUUGUAAAAAGAUCCCCCUUUUUCCCUUCUUUUCUGUAAAUGAAUGAUGGCAGAUAGUGCAAGCUACAGUUUCCAGGUAUUAGCAUUCAUGCAGCCAGAAUCUAUACGGUGGCUCCGGAUUAUUUUUAUUUAUUAUUUUUAAGUAGCCUAAAUCUCUGCAUUUGUGGAAAAGUGACUACCUUAGGAAUGCUAGAUUAGCUGAAGUGUUGCAGCUACAUAAUUUGCAGAAAGAGGAAAGAAUAUCCUGUCAAGUUUGUAUGUACCUAAAAAUGGACGUGAUAUCAGACAAACUUUCAGUGAGAAUGGGAGGGUGAGAAGUUAGCGUUGACCUUGUGAGAGUUUGUGUGGCAUGCGCUUGCCUCUAUUAUUAAUUUACGGCAUGCCUUAACUGUUUAUACAA